CAGUUUAUUUGCAGAUGAAGAGGAGGGGGCAACAAAUCCAAGGUUUAGAUAUCAUAACCAUCAUUUCAAAAUUAGUCCAUGAGAUUCAACUAUUGUGGUUGAUAUUCCCAAAAAGACAUUCUAUGUAUUGGAAAAUACGUAUCUCCCAAAAUCCUUUCAGCUGAGCUGACCUUAGACUUCUGUUUGUAAAAUAGGAUCUUCAAGAUUGUGUAUGGCUUAAUACUGUAAUACUUGUGUAAUACUUAACACUGUGAAAACCUGCUCUACAAAUAGGAGUAGUUUACUCUGCAGAGCAGUGGUUCUAAACCUAUGGUCCACAGACCACUGGGAGGAGUCGCAAUGUCACAGGUUCUGCGAAGGCUUGAAGAAAUGUCAUUAUUUAAAUCUUGAGUUAAGUCUUGGUGGUGAAGAAGUAUAUUAAGUAUUUAAACGGGGUCCAUGGUGAAGAAAAGGUUGAGAACUGCUGCUCUAGAGGAAACUCCAAGCUUAAUAGCAGUGUAUUCUACUACUGAUUCAUACUGCUAAAAGAUUAGGACUGUAACCGUUUUUUAAUCUAUCGGAUGCAUUCAGGAAUUCAUGGCAGGUGAAGAAAGCUGGACUUGGCCCUGUUGCCAAGACGCCCAUCUUAGCCUAUGUCAAUGAUUAAUUCAGUGACUAAUGAUGAGAAAUGAGGAAGUCAUUGGCUGGGGAGUGGUACCUGUCCAGGUGAAAUAAAAAUGGCGCGUGACCCAAACUGCUCCCUUAUCAGCGAUCAGUUGCCUCUGUCAUCCGAGAUCUUCCAAGUUAUCAAGGCUCAGAUCUGGAUUUUCUUAAUCCCAGUAUUCCUGGGUCUUGUGCAAGUUGGUCUAUUUCUGGAACAAACAGGCUUCUUCUUACGACAUGGCAAGAGUUCCCAUCGCACCAGUGUCUUACUUUGGAUCCUGGGAGUUUAUCCGGUAUUCAGCCUCACCUCCCUCAUCUGUUUGUACAUCCCUCGAGCUUCCUUUGUCUGUAACUUUGUGGCUUCCAUAUACCACUCCAUCACCCUCUGGAAGUUCCUUGCAUUGAUCCGGGAUUUCUUUGGCGGCUCAGAACGAAUGGUCCAGCAACUGGCAGGGCAGCGCGUUUCUCCGAACCCUUUUCCAUGCUGCUGCUGCUGUUGCCUUCCUGAGAUUGCUGCCAAUCAAGCAAACUUGCGAUGUAUGACUGUGGCCGUGUAUCAGCUCUCCCUCAUCCGGACCAUCCUCUUCUUCAUCACCCUUAUCCUCUGGACUGAUGACGAAUAUGACUACGGUGCUGUGGGCUACACCAAUCCCAAUUCCUACAUCAAUGUCAUCAUAGCCAUUUCCACCUUCCUCUCCUUCUAUGGCUAUUUGCUCUUUUACAAGGCCACCAAGCCAGCCCUCGCGGGCUACAACCUGCGCUACAAGUUUGUUUGCAUCAUUUUGGUGCUUGUCCUUUGCGGGCUGCAGAGUGGAAUCGUGGAAACAAUGGGAGCCUUAGGUGCCAUUCCUUGCAGCCCUUCUCUCUCACCUGUUACCCGCUCCCAAAUGAUCUACUACUAUGCUUUGGCCAUUGAGAUGUUCCUUAUUGGCAUAUUUGCUCAUUAUUCUUUCCGAAGAGUUGAACCUUCCAUGGAAGCUCAGCAGGUCAUCCACCAUCAAGCCUCCCAGACCCAGGAAGGCCCAUCUGGUCGUGGUAGUCCUGCUGAUGGUGUAUCUGUGGAGGGAACAAACCCUGGCUAUCUCUGUGAUGAGGCUUUCUGUACAAUUGAACAUUCUCCCCUAGACCGCUUUGAUUUCAUUGUAAAGGAGCCUGCGAACAGACAGCAGCAAAACUGGGGGCUUGGCUGCCAGAGAGGAGGAGCCCUGAAGACAGAGGGACUUAGGUUAAGCCUACAACAACCUGGAACUGAAGCAUCAAGUGAAAUCCAAAUUCAAUCCCACGUUAGCAAAAUGGAAGCAAAUGCAGCCUCUGCGGUAUAGCCACCAUCCUUAGAGGUCAGAGACACAGGGACAGAUGAAUUCAGAGGUAUGCAUAACGUCAAGGCAUACAGACUAAUGUGGAGAUAUACUGAACUCUAGGUAUGACCAGGCAAGAAUGUGCAUCUGUGUGGAGAUAUGCCCAGAAAUAUAAUAUUGUGGGAGAUUUCAGCGCUUCCGUAUUAGGUGGAGAAACUUUGUUCUAACCAUGGCUAAACUGCCUCAGGGGUGGAUUGUGAAGACAUGUUGGGAACAUAGAGCCAUUGUCCUUUUCCCCUGUAACCUCUUUAUACUUCUCCUUUUCCUUACUCUUUCUGGAAGCCUAACUUAUUUUCUUGUGAAGAAUUUUUCAACUGGCAUAGGAAAUUAAAGGCCGUUCUUGUUCAACAUUGUACAACUCUUUGUUUGCAGGACUCAUUACACUAAAAUACGGCUGGCUACUUUACGGCUUCAUGCACCACACAAACCCAGGUUUGUACAAGAGGAUAGGAUUCAACACACUGAGAAAACCUAGGAAUUUGCAUUUAAUCUGAAGACUAUACUUUUGUAUGUGCUUUGUUUGAGAGAAAAAUUGGCACAUAAUCCAUUGUUGCUGUCAUUAAGGUAGAGGCACUUAAAAGAAGCUGAGCAAGAGAAAUUAGGAAUAUUUGAUCAAGUCAUGAAGAAAAUUGCUGAUUAAAAG